AUGGUGAUAAUACUCUCUAGAUUGCUACUCUGUUCUCUGGCCAUUUUGACUUUGACCGCCCUGCAGACGCGGGCCCAAGACACCUACUACUAUAACCUCAACAAUUGCUGGGCUAUGGGCAUGGAGCCAGAUGCUCUUUGUCAAAUCGGCGUGCAGGGCAACGAGAAUGGCGGAUGGAUCAACUCCAAUAGUCCCACUUGCUACAACCCGCUGGAUAUCAUCAUCGUGUCCAUGAUCGGCUUCGACCCGCAAUCAUCGUUGCGAGUGGGCAUCAACCAAUGCCAAGCGAGCUCCAUCAACUUUGUAGGGCUCCAGGAUAACAAUCAGGCCGAUCUGGAAGUCUACAUGCAAUGGUCGAGCCCCUCCAUCAAAUAUACAGCCUCGGGCAAUGUCGCGUUCACUACCAAUGCCGGUGCGAUGUACAUGGGCUUGCUGGAGUUGACCAACGGUGCUUCGUUUUACUCAACCCAGACCUCUUCGAUUCAAUCUCUCAAUCUCACCAACAAGUCGGUCUUCUCGGUGAACGCCCCGACCACAGUCACCACCUUGGCCGUCUACGACUCCACCUCCUCCAUUUAUGCGAGCUUGGGUUCUGUUCUCACAGUCAGCGAGUACGCCAGCGUGUCUGGUCCGGUCACCCCUAGUGCCAUUAGCUUUGCCAAGGGUGCCACGCUCAACGGCAUGGUUGACAAUGGAAUGUCAUACAUACAGAACUCCAUGUACACCCUUGGAGCCUCAUCAGUUGUGAAUAUGGACAGCCCGGUGGUCAUCUCCCCAGAUAUUGUGCAUGCCACCAUCAAGCCCCUGGCCACGUUCAGCUUCGUCUCACCCUCCACAAUCACGAACUUUGGAGACAAACUCAACCUUGUCGUGCAGGACCCCAACAGUGCGGGGUUGGUCAACAUCUCGAUGACAUCGGGUGCAGUCAACUCCCUCACGCUCAACAUGGGCCCCGACUCAGUGUGCCAACUUCAAGGCCAAUUUUCCAUUGGAACGUUUGGUGGGUCGAACACGGGAUAUGUUGUUGUCACCGGCAAGUCAACAAUCACUCUCCAGCUCAAAGACACCUUGUGCGAUACGUUGGUGGAUGCAGGCAGCAAGCUGACAGUCAUUGGCCAGGCAGGAUUGAAACCCACUCUUGUCAGUGGUCUGGCCGUGGCAGACUCUUCAACUCUGGUAAUCCAGCGCGCCACAGUCACAACAGACUUUGUCAACGUCACGUCGGCGUCCAAGCUGGUGCUGGACUCCAGCUCGAUGGUCGUGAUACCCCAGGGCGAUGACCUCAAGGGCACAUUCCAAGUGUGGCCAGACAGCUCGGUCGAGUUCAGGGACCCCCCUGCCUUCCCCAUUGUUGUGCCCAUGCUCGUCACUGAACUCACCGACAUGAUGUUCCAAGGUUCGGUGGUCAUCUCCUUCUCACAGAGUCAUCCAGCGCAUGUAGCCUACAGUGUGCUCAGCUUUGUUCAGUCUGGUCAGAACACUAUCAUUUUACCGAGCCAGACGUCGGUCAGCCAACUGUCCUUCCCUACAAAAUCCUCUUUCCACUACAGCGUCAGCAACCUCGACGGCAAGACCACGAGUUUGGUUGUGGAGAUCUCUGGUUUGACCAUUGGUGCGUUCAUUGGUGUCAUUGUCGGAAGUGUUCUUGGAGUUGUGGUGAUUGCCGCUUUGAUUGGAGGAGUCAUCAUCUACCGACGCAGGAGGCAAGCUCAAGGAUACUCCAAAGUCAACAUCAACGAUGACAACGAGUAA